CAAGGACAAUAUGAGGAUGCUGGCUCUUCAGUUGGUUUUCAUUGCAGUGUACAUACAGGUACGUACAUGCUACCCAUCAUGUACUCUGCACAACCUUGUGGCUUAUUGCAUGGAACGGCACCUUUAUGCAGUUCCUGCUCUGCCUCCCAACAUCACCCACAUCUACCUGGAGCUCAACCACAUCAGUGAGAUCAACAGCACCUCGCUCCGAGACUUUCAGCAUUUGAGACAGUUAGAUCUUGGAAACCAGCGUGUGCAACUCAUAAUAAGGAACAAUGCUUUCCUCAGGCAGACAAAUUUGACUCGGUUGGUGCUAAGCAAUAAUAAUCACCUUCAGCUAGAGCCAAGGGCGUUUGCAGGACUGGCCAAAUUGCAAUAUCUCGAUUUGGGUUAUUGCAAUUUGGACAACUCCAUACUGGCAGAAAACUAUCUGCAGCAACUUGAGGCCUUAGAAACACUUGACCUCUUUGGUAACAAAAUAGUGAGACUCCAACCUGGACUGUUCUUUUCAAAUCUCACAAAGUUCACACAGCUAAACCUCAAAUUGAAUCAGAUUGACAGACUAUGUGAACAAGAUCUUGCUGGUUUUAGGGGGAAGAACUUCACACUCCUGAACUUGGAAUCCAACCACUUAGACCGCAUGUUUCGAGGAAAACUUGACUGGAAAAAAUGCGGAAACCCUUUUAGAGGGAUGGCCUUUAAUAUCCUUGACUUAUCUCGCAAUGGGUUCAGCUUGAGCGGAUCAAGACAGUUUUUCAAAGCAAUUGAGGGGACUCAGAUUCAUCAUCUUAUAUAUUCUGGACACAUGGGUAAAGGCUUUUCACAUGACAACUUGCGCGAUCCAGACAAAAGCACAUUUGAAGGCCUCGUGAACAGUGCAGUUGAAACGUUAGAUCUGUCUAAAAGCCGUAUAUUCGCUCUGCAGAUGGCUGUCUUCAGUCCUCUGAAGAAUGCGAAAAUAAUUGAUAUUUCCCAAAACGAAAUCAAUCAGAUUAAAAGAAAUGCCUUUGACGGUCUUCAGGUACAUUUAAGAAUGCUCAACCUGUCAUACAACCUUCUCGGAGAAAUACGCUCUAACACAUUCACCAAUCUGACAGACCUUAGGGUGUUGGAUUUGUCUUACAACCACAUUGGUGUUUUGGGAUAUAAGGCAUUCAGUGGUCUUCCCGAUUUACAAGCCUUAAAUCUGACAGGAAAUUCACUGCGAGACCUGGGUUUCCCUGUGUCAUUACCAAAAUUACAUUUUCUACUUUUGGGUAACAAUAAUUUGAAGUCACUGAGCAGUAUUGUUAAUUUGGGCAUGAACAGUACUUAUGUGAAUGUUGAAGAAAACAGAUUAACAAACUUGGAGGAUGUUUAUGUCAUUUUAACUAAUUUCAAGCAUCUCCAAAGUCUUUUCUAUGGUGGCAACCCCAUCGAGUGGUGCAGUCUGGACAUUACAGUACCUCUCAAUAACAGCUUGCAAAUUCUGGAUCUUCAUGAUAUUUCCCUGCACACAAUUUGGACGCAAGGGAAGUGCCUUGAUCUGUUUGAUCAUCUAGAGAAUCUCCUCGGUCUGAAUUUAAGCCUCAACUCACUUGCGGCUCUCCCUGAAGGGAUUUUCAGAGGCCUCAGCUCGAUCAUAGAGCUUAACCUCUCGUCUAAUGCCUUGACCUAUCUGCAGCAGGAUGUCUUUCCUGUCAGCCUUAAAAGACUUGACCUGUCAAAAAACUUCUUGGCAUUUCCAGACCCUACAACCUUUCAGUCUCUUCUCUUUCUCAGCCUUGCGGAAAUUCGGUUCCACUGCGAUUGCAAUCUUGAGAGCUUCCUAACAUGGCUGAACGUGACCAAUAUAACCUUCCUGAGUCCAGUUGAGGACUACAGAUGUGAGUUUCCAGCAUUUCUUCACAACCUCCCUCUGCUGGAGUACUUCACUAUCGUUGAGCCAUGUGAAGAAGAUGAUGAGAGAGCUGUCCAAGAUCUUAAGUUUGCUCUAUUCAUCUUCUCUGCCUUCCUUGUAAUCAGCGUCAUCCUCAGUGGGCUUAUUUAUGCCCGUUUGCGUGGGCACAUAUUCAUUAUCUACAAAAAGGUAAUUGGCCGAGUUCUUGAGGGUCCAAAACCCCCCCCUCCUGAGGAGGAGGUACAGUAUGAUGUCUUCCUCUGCUUUAGCAACAAUGACUACGAGUGGGUGGAAGCUGCUUUGCUGAAGAAGUUUGAUAAAGAGUUUUCAGAGAACAACAUCCUGCGCUGUUGUUUUGAGGCCAGAGACUUCAUUCCAGGUGUUGAUCACCUUUCCAACAACAGAGAUGCCAUCUGGGGCAGCAGGAAGACCGUGUGCAUCGUCUCCAAGGAGUUUCUGAAAGACGGCUGGUGCCUGGAGGUGUUCACUUUGGCCCAGGGGCGGAUGCUGGAAGAACUGACAAACGUCUUAAUUAUGUUGGUGGUAGGGGAGGUGGCUCACUACCAGCUGAUGAAAUGCAACGCAGUCAGAGCUUUCGUCGAAAGGAGAGACUAUCUCAUCUGGCCAAACGACCCUCAGGACCUGGAGUGGUUUUAUGAGCGUCUCAUCUCACAGAUACUCAAAAACUCCAAGGUGAAAAAUCCUGCUGAGGACAAACCAGAGCCUGAUAUCCAACCUCAGAAUGAAGACGGGAUCCAGCUUGAGAACAUCGGGGCAAUUGCCAUGUGAACUCCUAUUGUAUAUUAAGGAAACCCAACUUAAGCAAAGACAACCUGCUGAUAACUAACAUCCACUGCAAUGAAUUGUUACAAGCUAUGAUCACAAGUAAGCAAGCAAGUUCUCCCUUGAACACCUUUCUGAUAAACUAGGUCUUCUUGUGUCAAUCUUCUACAAAACUGGCGCCUGACGGCAGGUCGUGCGUGGACUUCAAUGAUUGCAAGGACGAAAGGCAGAGUCCCGGUGAGAACUUCAUGUGUGUCAACAUUCCUGGCGGGUUUCAGUGCGCCUGCAAGGAUGGAUACAAGUUGAUCAGCGACCUGUGCGUCGACGUGGACGAGUGCGUAUCUGCCCCAUGCGAGCACCAAUGUGACAACUCACCUGGUAGUUACAAUUGCUCUUGUUAUGAUGGUUAUAAAGAGGAUCCAGAUUCCCCUGAUAAGUGUAAACUCCACUGUGGUUUGGAGGAAUGCCUCGCGAUAUGCGACCCAAAUAAUAAGUUUGAAUGCUACUGCCCUAAAGGCUACAUAGCAGAGGAAAGAGUGGACCAUACAGUUUGCAUAGAUAUGGAUGAAUGCUCUUUCUUUACUUGUGACCAAGGCUGUAAAAACACAUUCGGCAGCUAUGUGUGCACUUCCACUUGAGAAAGGAUAUGAUGUUGAGAAAAUUAAUUAAGAAUCCUCUGAAUUAUAAAGAAAAGAUUUCCUUAAAUGCAUCAUAUUUCAUUCUUGAUUCCUCAAAUCAUGGUAUGCAUUGUAUGAGGCUACAUACAUUUUCGUGGAAAAACAAGUCCUGUCUGUAAUGUUUUAAUACUAUUUAUAUAUAUAUGCCUUUAUUUAAACUUGAAGAAAUACUGUAAUUGAGGGGUGACCCUCAUUUAAAAUGAUGUUUAAAAUUAAUCAUAAUUUAAAAAUGAAUUAAAACAUAAUAAUAAUUUAAAAAAUUUAAACACCAUUGGCCCUUUUUUAUUUGUUUUUUGUUUUUGUUUCCAUGUGGUUUAGUCAAAUUUAAAUGGGUUAAAAUGCAAAAUUAAACAUAUUUAACUUGCA